AUGGAUAUGGACAAUGAUGCGUCGAUUUCCGAAAUCAUGGUUGGUUUUUUUACUUAAUAAACUUUAAAAAGAAAUCAAAUUAUAAAUCUUGAUUCGUAAAUGGAUAAGUUUUUUUGUCUUAUAACGAACAAAAAAAUUUUUUUCAACUCGAGAAUUUAAUUAGUUUUCGAAUCAUCUGGGGAAUUGCUCAAGUGGUAAAUAAUCAACUGGGUGAUUUCCCUUUUUCAAGGCUAGAGACGUUUACCUUGUCUUUGUGAUUUUGCUUUUUACUAUUUUAUGCUUUGAAAAAAAUUUUUAUCUAAACAUUUCAGAGCAUUACUGACUGCAGUCAAGAUGAAGCUAUGCAUUUUCUUGAGCUGGCUGAUUUUGACGUCGAAUUGGCUAUUCAAUACUUUUAUGACGUUUGUGAAGCAUUUACCCAACAAAUAAUUGAAAAACUAACCUCUCAGACACCGGAAAGAGAUGCUGAAAUUGUUCCUGAAGAUUCCAUCCGUCACCGGAGACCUCCACAACCAGUUCCGCCUUUUGGGGACCCUCCGGCAACUCCCAUCCGUGGUAUUCUCCGACUAAGUGGUCAAAAUAACCGGCAGCCUCAAGUAGUUAGGCUAGUUUUUUUAAUUACAAAAAAUAAUUGCAGCUUUCAUAUCUUGAAUGAAGUUAUCAUUUCAGGUACCAAAGUUGGGAUGAUUGGUUUGGCACAAUUAUUCGCAUGCCAUUUUUCCUUAUUUCUGUUAUUAUUCGGUUACUUUGGAGGAGUUUAGGACGUGAGACUUCUUUUCAAAUUGAUUUUUCAGGCUAAUUAUUUUUCAGAAGCCGCCACUCAUUUAGAUCAUAACAAAUACAAAAGCUUCAUUGAAUAUCUUGACGACAAACAUCCACAAUAUUCACAGUCGCCGAACAAAUCACAAUGGGUUCGGGGCACUUUUACCGAGGUAUUUUUUUCAUUUUUUUUGCUAAGUUUGAAUAAAUAACUUUACUGAUUCAACUUUACGCAAAUGAAAAUUUCAGAAUGCUCGAAACUUGUCUCGAAACGAGCCGGACAAACGGUUACUCGUGUAUUUGCAUGACCCUGAAGUUAGUUUUUAUCAAGUUGGCACCUGAAAAAAUUCUGAAAUGCAGAACUCGAAAAUAUUAGAUGGAAUCAUGACGAGUAGGAAGUUCUACGAUGCAGUCAGGGAAAACAACUGCGUUCUGUACGCAACUUUGAUCAACUCUAAUGAAGCCAACAAAAGUAGGCAAACUUUCAAGAAUAAAAAAGUUGAUUGGUUUACUUUCAGUCCGAAAGAUUCUUAAAAAGAAAAAACCGGUGGAGUGCCUUGUGGUGCUUUGCUUCCAAAGCGCCGACAUAAAAGAGGUGAGAUACACUUUUAUGAAACUUGAAUCGUGAGGAUAAAAUUAAAUGAAAGGUUAAAAAAUGAAAGAGCAAGAAGAGAUUUUUUGUUAGCCUGCUAGGAGGAGUAUUUUGAAGCGCUCCUGAAAAAGCCAUGAAAUUUGAUUUUCGGUUGCUUUGCAAAAAUAUCGCUCAUGAAAUAAAAGUUCAGUUGAAAAAAAAAAGAUAUCGAGCGAUUGGCAUAUAUGUUUCAGAAGUUUGGGAAAAUUGCAAUCAAAACUUUUGUAAGGCAUUUUGGUACAUCCACAAAACCCAGAAGCAAUGUUUGACAGAAAAUUGAGUUUAACCAAAGAGCCACCUGAAAAUUAAAAAUGGAUGAAAAAUCCUAUCUUCAUACAAUCUCGUUAAAUAUAAAAUUCUAUAUUGCCGGUCGAGUCUUUCAAAAACCACAGAGGCGUUGGAUUGAGCGAUUCAAGAAAACAAUGUUUACAUCGUAUGUUUUGGGAAACCGUUCCUCCGCACUUUAAACCGUCCCACCGACGCUUUCCUCAAAGUUUCCGCAAAAAGCCGCAAAAUUUUCGAAAAAUGCUUGGUUUUUGGUUUUUAUAAAUUCAUUCUGAUUCUUGUUCCUCAUUAUUUUUCAAACAUAGUGGUUCUAGCCAAUUUUAAAAAUUAGUUCAUUUUUUUAUUUGGAGAUUUCUUGAGGUGUUAUGGUUGCUGAAAAAUGAAUUUAAAAAUAAUUCUGAUAAGGUGGCCAAAACUCUGAUAAGAUGGCCAAUUAUCUUUUACAGUUGUCAAACUCAUCUUUCAUGUAGCAGACAAGAUCAAACCGGUCUUUUUUUGCUUUUCACUAUAUUAUUGAUUUUUGGUCGCACUUUUGAAAAUAUUCACAAGGUUUUGCGAAUUUGAUGUGAAUACUAAAAAAACAUUGUGGCCAAUUUUCGGCAUAAUAAAACGACCUUCCCAAUGAGAAAAAAUCCUUCGUUUGGAGCAAAAGUAUAUGAGCUGAUCAAGUUUUUCAAAUGAGAUCGAUCCUCCCGCCAAAAGAUGAGGACACGCCUCAUUGAUAUCUCCACUGCUCGCUCCACAACGCCGCGUGAUCCUCACAGCAUAGAUUGUUCGAUAGUGCUCUCUGAGACGCUGGGAAGUGCAAGGCGCAAGAGAGACCUACUUUUUGACAUGAAUAAAUGGGCUCCGCUGCGAGCACAGUAACACCUGCGCCUUGGAACCCUCAAGCAAGCGUUUUUAGCACAUCUCAGGCACUGUGCUCCUCCCCUUGCUAGCGUCACUUGUUUUAUUUACCUGUUUGUUGUUUUUGUUCGCAAUCUCCUUAUAACAUUUUUUUUGAUUUAUUAAUUGAAAAAUUCCUUCUGGAUUCACAAGGCCGUAGGAGAAAAAUUUUCUGGGAUUGAAAAAAAUCUUUUCCAUAAAGUUAUCUCAUUUUUCUCUAGUACUAGAAUAAUUUUUUUUCCUGCUUCUUUAUGUAUUUUUUUCGCAUUUCACUAAUAAAUUGUUCAUUUAUCGCAGAUGGCAUACGCUGAGAGCCCCACCAACAUCGAUUACUACGUUGACAACAUGGGCCUUGAAUUCGAGGAUUUCAAUGUUUUCCUGGCUCGUCGGGCUGCUGAAAGGUUUCAAUUCCCCUCAAAUAUUGAUAAACCAUAAAAACUUCGCAGAGAGGCUAUCGAGGCCGACAGGAACCUUGUUCAAAUGCAGAACCGGGAAUACCAGGAAAGUCUUCAACGAGAUCUCAGAAGAAUCGCAGAGGAGCGAAAGAAAAAAGAGGCUGAAGAAUUGGAAGCCAAAAUGAAGGAAGAGAAACUUUCGGCUGCUGCUAAACGACGCGAGGUUUUCUCUUUUUAUUUUUCUCACUCAUAGAGAUUUUUACAGUUGAUUGCAAACUAUCGCCAAGAAGCGAAGGCAAAGACAAACGCGUCGACGGGAGAUGUUCGUCUACUUUUGAAGUUUCCGAACGGAAGUCGUCAAGAAGUGCGAUUCUCGGCCACUGACGACCUCUCGGUAUAUAAAGUAUCAAAACGACUUUUUUUCACAUUUUUCAUCAGCAUCUCUUUGAUGCCGCAAUUUCCAACGACGCAUGUCCUGAGUUUUUCGCUCUGAAGAGUACCUUCCCUGCAAGGACCAUCUUUUGCUCUCCCGAUUGGUGAGCUUUCUAAAAUUCAUGAUGAAGAUAAACAUUCCGUUUUUAGGUACAACAAGAUUCUGGAGGAAGAAGAAGUGGAAACUGAGAGCAAUACGUCGGUCAGAAACGAGACAUUCCAGUCGUUCAAGCUCGAAUCCAACUCCAUCAUCUUCGUGAGCAACCUCGUUUAG